GCUGGAAGGAAAUGUAUAAGCGUCCGUUAACGGUCACGUAAACAAAAUUGGAUUUUCUGUUAUGAUUUUUAUAAAAGAAUACGGAUUCUGCAAUUGUUAGAAAUGGGAAAAAUUUCGAAGGUAGUUGUUUGUGGAAUGAAAGGAGUGGGAAAGACCGCAAUUUUAGAACAAGUUAUUUAUGGCAAUAUAGACGAGAAGUCUGAGUUACACCCAACAAUUGAAGACAUUUAUGUAGCAAACAUCGAGUCUGACAAAGGUACUAGAGAGAAAUUGAGAUUCUACGACACUGCAGGGAUCGAGCACUCUCAAAUCUCGACUGCAAAUGGAACGACAAACCAGCAACUGCCCAGGCAUUACCUGACCAUGGCAGAUGGGUACAUCUUAGUAUAUGAUAUCUCAAAAAGCGGAUCUCUGGACGUUCUCGUUUCUAUAAAGAAAGACAUUGAUAAAAAUAAAGAUAAGAAGGAGGUAACCAUUAUUGUGAUCGGCAACACAUUCAAAGAAGAAGAUAAUCCUACAGACAUAGAUUCCACAAUCAGUAAAGCAACUCAGUGGUGUGCCAGAGAAAAAUUGAGGCAUUUUACUGCUUCAGCUAUGAAACGGUCUAGUUUGUACGAACCAUUUGUUUUCAUUACCAGCAAGCUGACACCACCGCCUAGCAAGAGUAGUUUUACACCUUUGUCCAUGGGUAGGAAAGUCGUGAAGGACUGACUGAUUUGAUUCAUUGGACAUAAUCCACUUAUCUGUAUUCAGUUCAAUUGGGAAUCUACGAUUGUGUGAAGAGUAAAUAAUAUUUCUUGUAAUUGUAAAUACAUUUUUAUACUGUAGUUGUAAUCAGUUGGGUUCUUUUUGUUUUGGCCUCUCUCUGUUAUGAAAUAUAAUACAUUUCAGUUGCUUAAUA